AUGAUAUUCAGUGACGCCAAGGUUUUUAGAGAAGUUGUUCGUGAAUAUUGCUUGUUGAGUGGGAAAGAAGUCACUUUCACUAGGAAUGAAAGGUAUAAGCUGAAGGCAGUGUGUAAGGCAGUGAGUUGUCCAUGGCAGAUUUAUGUGGCUUCGAAAAACACUACAGAUCGAAGCUUGGUGGUGAAAAACUAUAAUCCUAGUCACAAUUGUGUGAGAGUUUUUGCUAACGCACAAGCCUCACCUAAAUGGUUGAGAGAUAAGUUCCUGCCUAGGAUUCAGACAAAUCCCACAAUGCCUCCACAGUCUAUAGUCAACUCAGCCUUUUCUGAGUUUAAAGUAGGUAUAUCAAGGAUGAAAGCUUACAGGGCAAAGGCAGAGGCGCUUCGACUCAUUGAAGGAACGGUUGCUGAGCAAUAUGCCAUGCUCUGGGAUUAUUGCCAUGAGCUGGAAGACAAAAUCCCUGGCUCUACAACAAAUAUACACUGUGAGUCUGUUCAUGGUGAAAUAGUUUUUAAGCGAUUGUACAUUUAUUUAGAACCAUUAAAGAGAGGGUUUAAGAUGAACUGCAGGCCUUUUAUUGGGUUAGAUGCUUGCCAUUUAAAAGGGGUUUAUGGUGGACAGUUGGUUACAGCAGUUGGGAUCGAUCCCAAUAACGAGACUUGGGUGAUAGCAUAUGCUGUGGUUGAGAUGGAAACAAGGGAGUCAUGGACAUGGUUCAUUGAUCUGUUGGCCAAGGAUGUGGACAUUGUUAAUUCACAUGGAUGGGCCUUUAUAUCUGACAAGCAAAAAGGACUGGCUGGUGCAUUUGAAGACCUUGUGCCUAAUGCUGAGACAAGAUUCUGUGUGAGGCACCUUUGGGAUAACUUCAACAAAACUUAUAAAGGUCAAGUUUUGAGGGAUCAGUUAUGGAAGUGUGCUAGAGCUACCAAUGUGCCUUCCUUUAAGUAUCAAAUGGAAGUAAUGAAGACCUUAGAUCACAAUGCUUGGGAGUGGCUUGCUGAGAAGCCGCCAACACAAUGGUCUAAGUCUCAUUUCAGAACACUUAUUAAGUGUGACAUGCUGCAGAAUAACUUGUGUGAAAGCUUCAACAAUACUAUCAAGGCAGCAAGGGACAAGCCAAUUAUCACAAUGCUGGAGAUGAUCAGGUGCUUGUUGAUGAGAAGGAUCCAGUGGAGGAGGGACAAGAUGAGCAGUUGGCCUCAUAGGAUAUGCAAGAACAUUUUUGACCAUCUGCAAGACAAAAAAUUAGAAGCAUGCAACUGUACUGUGCAAUGGUUUGGUGGUCCUAAAUAUCAAGUGGAUGCAGGAAGAGGGGACCAAUAUGUGGUAGAUUUGGAUAUCCACACUUGUUCUUGCAGGAAGUGGGACUUGUCAGGCAUUCCUUGUGCUCAUGGAAUUGCUGCCAUACAUUACAAAGGAGGGCAAGUUGUGGAGGAUUAUGUGCAUUCUUACUACAGCAGGGACAGUUACAUGGCCCUUUAUACCAAUCUGAUUAUGCCAAUUAAUGGGUCACAGAUAUGGGAGAAGACAAACCAAACAGCAAUAAAGCCACCAGCCUACACUAGACAACCUGGAAGGACUAGAAAGGUGAGAAUAAAAGGACCUGAAGAGAGAAUAGAUAAGACUGGGAAAAAAUGGUUGGGGAGACAAGGAAUGCAAAUGAGGUGCAGUGUUUGUGGCUCAACUAGCCAUAACAAAACCACUCACCAUCGAAAUCUACCUCCAAAGGAUAAAUCAAGGGGUAGAGGGAGACCAAGAAACAUACCUAACCAAGACCCUGCAAUUGCUGCUGAAGAAGCAAAAGUAGCUGCAAGAGCAAGGAGAAAGCUUGCAUAUGGAAGGGCAAAGGCUGCUGCUGUUGCAAAGAAGGAUGCACUAAAUGCUUCCCAGCCAAAUGCAGCUGAUACUGCAGGAAUUGGAUUGGGAGCAUCCAAGAGACAGAGAACAUAG